GUCAGAACUGUUAAAUACAUGAUGGGUGUACAUAAUGAAUUAUAAGUAUUGAUAUUUUCUCAUGUUUGAUAGAGCAUAUGCAGCAAGCACAUCUAGGAAAUAUGGCUGAGAAUCCAAUUCGUGUAACGAUGAUUCCAUGGUCUGCCUUUGGCCACUUGAUACCAUUUUUCAAACUUUCCAUAGCCUUAGCCAAAGCUGGUGUUCAUGUCUCCUUCAUUUCCACUCCCAAAAACAUUCAAAGGCUUCCCAAAAUUCCUUCGACUUUAUCUCAUUUGGUUCAUUUUGUGGAACUUCCUUUACCAUCAUUGGACAAUGAUAUCUUGCCAGAAGGUGCUGAGACCACCCUGGACAUUCCAUUUGAAAAACAUGAGUACUUGAAGGCAGCAUAUGAUAAGCUCCAAGAUGCUGUGAAGCAAUUUGUGGCCAAUCAGUUACCAGAUUGGAUAAUCUGUGAUUUUAAUCCUCACUGGGUGGUAGACAUUGCCCAAGAGUUUCAGGUAAAGUUAAUCUUGUUUGUUAUUAUAUCUGCUACUGGAGCAACAUUCAUAGGACCACCAGGUACAAGGACAGGUCCCUUAUCUCCAGAAAGUCUAACAGCUCCACCAGAAUGGGUGACAUUUCCAUCUUCAGUGGCUUUUCGAAAACACGAGGCAAUACAUUUCUGUGCUGGUUCCUACAAGGUAAGUUCUUCCGGGGUAAGUGAUUUCGAAAGGAUUAUAAAGUUACAUGGUGCCUCUAAAGCUGUGUUAUUUCGUAGCUGCUACGAGAUUGAAGGAGAAUAUCUGAAUGCAUUUCAGAAACUAGUUGAGAAGCCUGUGAUUCCAAUUGGUUUAUUGCCUGUAGAGAGACAAGUUGUUGAUGGGUGUAGUGAUACCAUAUUUGAGUGGCUUGAUAAACAAGCAUCAAAAUCAGUUGUGUUUGUGGGGUUUGGCAGUGAGUUAAAGCUGAGCAAGGAUCAAGUUUUUGAGAUAGCUUAUGGACUUGAGGAAUCUCAAUUGCCGUUUUUAUGGGCACUGAGAAAACCAAGUUGGGAAAGCAAUGAUGAAUAUUCUCUACCUGUUGGUUUUAUUGAAAGGACUUCUAACAGAGGAAGUGUUUGUAAGGGAUGGAUACCACAACUGGAAAUAUUGGCACAUUCAUCUAUUGGAGGAUCUUUGUUUCACUCUGGCUUGGGUUCUGUCAUUGAAAACCUUCAGUUUGGGCAUACACUUGUUGUAUUACCCUUCAAUAUAGAUCAACCUCUUAUUGCAAGGUUUUUGGUGGAAAAGGGACUAGCCAUUGAAGUGAAAAGAAAUGAAGAUGGGUCAUUCACUAGAAAUGACAUUGCCGCAUCCCUUAGACAAGCCAUGGUAUUGGAGGAAGGAAAGAAGAUCAGAAAUAAUACAAGAGAAGCUGCUGCAAUUGUAGGAAACUUGAAGCUGCACCAGGAUCACUACGUAGCUGCAUUUGUUCAGUUUCUUAAGAAUGGAAUCUGGAAACCAAUAUGAACUUGAAGACGAUCAUUACUGUGUCUUAUUUUAGGUUUAUCAUCAGUUUGUUGAAUAAAGUCCUACUCUUUAAGGACGACUGGGACGCGCAUAAAUGGAUUUGGAUUUUUCUUAUUCAUGUAUUCACCCCGUUAAGUCGUGGUCAAAUAAUUGCAUCUGUUUUGUAUCUUGUAAGGGUAAUUAAAGCCAACUCUUGUUUUUGAAUUCAAUAAGACAUUCUCUCUGAAAAAUCCGUGAGGCACUGUGGU